UGUUUACACGGUUACGCACAGCCAGUGUGGAGAGCGCGCUGAACACGAGCCACUAACACCAGUGACAAACCUGACAGUGCGUCUGGCGCAAAACAGCACUCUACCUCAACUGACUCAACAGCGCGUGAAGUAGUCGCAGCUUGUGAAGUCGGACCUUCCGGAAUGUGUUUCAAACCGAUAAAUCGCUGCAAGUGACACUUGAGUGAAAGGAGGGGGGGAAAUGGAUGGAAGGAUGGAUGGAUGCGCGUUUCUCUCUCAGCUGUGGAAGCAGGAAGGUGUGCUGCGCUUUAAAAUGAGACUCGCUGCCAGCAGAACACACGUGUAAACUUUUCUUUAUGGAGUUUCAAAAUGACAUUGUCUAAUCUGAACCAGAGUCAUGACGCGCGCAAUCUGUCUCUUUCCGAGGUUUCUAACAGCAGCGGAAACGCGACGUGCGCCGGAACCGUGCUGGACGCGCAGGUCGUGGCGGUGGGAAUCUUCCUGGCUGUCUUCAUCCUGGCUGCGAUCGUCGGGAACAUUUUGGUCAUCCUGUCUGUCCUGUGCAACAGACACUUACAGACAGUGACCAACUUCUUCAUAGUCAAUUUAGCCAUCGCGGAUUUGCUCCUGAGCGUCGUGGUGUUGCCGUUCUCCGCGUCUCUGGAGGUGUUUGGAUGUUGGGUGUUUGGACGCGUGUUUUGCAACAUCUGGGCUGCUGUGGACGUGCUGUGCUGCACCGCGUCCAUCCUCAGCCUGUGCGUCAUCUCCAUAGACCGAUACAUUGGAGUCAAAUACUGCCUCAAGUACCCCACGAUCAUGACCGAACGCAAAGCCGGGGUCAUCCUGGUGCUGGUCUGGGUCUCCUCGGUGGUCAUCUCGGUGGGGCCGCUUUUAGGCUGGAAGGAACCUCCGCCGUCGGAUGAGAGCAUCUGCAGCAUCACCGAGGAACCCGGUUACGCUCUGUUCUCCUCGCUGUUCUCCUUCUACCUCCCGCUCAUGGUCAUCCUCGUCAUGUACUUUCGGGUGUACGUCGUGGCCCGGAGGACCACCAAGAGCCUGGAAGCAGGAGUGAAGCGAGAAAGGAACAAAUCCAUGGAGGUGGUGCUGCGGAUCCACUGCCGGAGCUCACCGGACGACGCCGGCGCGGGGUCGAAAAGCAAGAACCACCCGCUGCGCAGCUCGCUCUCCGUGCGCCUCAUGAAGUUCUCCAGAGAGAAAAAAGCAGCCAAAACUCUGGCCAUCGUGGUCGGGAUGUUCAUCGUGUGUUGGCUGCCGUUUUUCUUCGUCUUGCCUUUAGGUUCUUUCUUCCCUGCUCUGAAACCUUCCGACGUGGUGUUUAAAGUCAUCUUCUGGUUGGGUUACUUCAACAGCUGCAUCAACCCAGUCAUCUACCCCUGCUCUAGUAAAGAAUUCCAGCGAGCUUUCACUCGCCUUCUUCGCUGCCAGUGCCAUCACCGACGACGCAGCUUACGCCGCUUCUACGACCAGCGCUGGCGUACAGCCCUCAGGGGGGCAGCCAGAGACUCACGGGGUGACUAUCAGCCCGGUUUCUCCUUCCAUGAUUCCUGCAGCAGCUCGAUUUUCUCAUGUCGGACCAAAGGCGGCUCCCUGAACCUGAAAAGCUGGAGCCUCUUCCCUCCCUUGCAGAAGUCUUCCUUCCAUCUGAAGGAGAAGAUGAACAACUUGUCUAACAAGAUCAAGAGCGGCGCAGGGAAGAGUUCAAUGCCCUCGUUGGAGAGGACCGAGAUCGAUACGGUGGCCAUGGGGAUCUACAGCGAGUGCAGCGAGCCAAGCGGGUAUCAGAUAUACGAUCUGACGGAAUGUUACGGCUUGAAGGAGACAGAUAUCUAAACAGAGGCGUUCUCGUUUUGCGAAUGUCUGGCAGCGAGUUGCUCAGAGACAGACACGUAAUAAAAAACGUCCCAAACGCUCACUCUUUUAAGAGAUACAAUUCAAGCCCAAGACAAGGAAAUGUGUUUUUUUUUGUUUGUUUUUUUUCUUCAAAGACGAGGACAGACAUUUAUUCUCACAGGGGUAAUUUAAGCAUUUGACUCUCAGUCGUGAACAAAGAAGGUGCGGAUGUUUGUUAUUCUCCCCUGUAAAGUAAAACUACUGCUUUACUCCAUACACAAGUGCCGUCAGUUGGCAUACAAACAGACUCUGCACUCUGUAAAUCCAUGUGGCCUUUCUGUAGAAUCCUUUAAAGUCACCCAAAACUUUGUCUAUAUUGAAUUAUAAAAACUGGUCAUUAGAGACACCUGUACUUUUACCCUCAUCCAAAAAUAAAGAAAUCAAGAUUAUAUCAAGAAUCCUGACCAAGAACUCCAGAUUAUAUUAAUAUGUAAAACACUCUGAUAUGCUAUUAUAGGGGAUAAUUCAACGAUAAGGUGAUAUGGUUCAUCACUUCGUCGUAAAAUAGUUUGUUUUCCUGUAACAGAACAUCCCGAGGAAAGUGUUUUAUCCCUCUUCUACAGCAGCAGUUUUCCAAUGAUUCCAUUUUUUUGUUAAUUAAUUAAAGAAUGAUGUUUUAUCCUUUUAUAGUUAUAUUUAAUGUCGUGGAACAUCCAUGAAACAGAGAAACCACAACGUCUAAAAGAACUCCGGGUUAAAAACAACCCAGAUUGGGUUAUUUUUAGCUCAGCGGCUGGGUAAAUAAUAGGACGGAACACAUUUUGGACUAAACUUAACCCGUCGAGUUGGGUUGUUCAUUUUGACCCAGCAGAUGGGUUGUUUUUCAACCCAAAGGAUGGUUUCAUUUUUACAAAAACGCUGGGUUAAUUUUAUUUCAUAAAUGGGUUAAUAUUUAAUAUUAAACUUUGAAAAUGUCAGAUUUUAUAAACCACAUUAUAAACAAUUUUUUUUUAUUUAUACACAAGAAGGUGUUCAGAAAUGUAUCGCUAG